AUGCGUUUCGCUCUUCUCACCCUUUUGAGCGGUGCUUUGGUCACUGCGCUCACCGGAGAAGAAGCUCUAGAAAAGUGGGGUGGGCCUAGAGGUGGAGAUAAGGUUUCCCAUGGGGGCAACAAUAUUGGGAAUGGGGAUGGUGGUGGGAUUGACAUUGACACUGGGGGUGGCGACAUUGGGGAUAUUGGGGUCGGGAUUGGGGGCGGAGGUGGCGGGGGUAGUUGCGACCCCGCCGCUUGUGACGCCAAGUGCCGGGGAUUAGGUGACCAAUCAGGUUACUGCGACAACGGCAGUGGAUCUCCCAAAGCUGCAUUUGUGUACCAGCAGAUUGUGAUCCUCAGUGCGCAGCAGGUGAGGCCUGCUGUAAUGGAGCCUGUACCACUAUUUGUAAUGGGAAUUGAUAUCCUUGAUCAAACCACGCUAGACUGA